AUGUCUCCGCCACCGCUGCUGCUGCUGCUACUACUGUUGCUGACCAUGCAGCCCACUGGGGCCACGUUGAUCCGGAUCCCACUUCGCAGAGUCUACACUGGACUCAGGGCCCUGAACCCACUGAGGGGAUGGGAUAAGCCAGCAGAGCCCCCCAGGUUGGGGGCUCCAUCCCCUGGGGACAAGGACUUCUUUGUGCCUCUCUCCAACUACAUGAACAUCCAGUAUUACGGGGAAAUUGGGCUGGGAACGCCCCCACAAAACUUCUCUGUCGUCUUUGACACUGGUUCCUCCAAUCUCUGGGUCCCGUCCGUGAGAUGCCACUUCUUCAGUCUGCCCUGCUGGCUCCACCACCGCUUCAACUCCAAAGCCUCCAGCUCCUUCCGGCCCAAUGGGACCAAGUUUGCCAUUCAAUACGGAACUGGCCGCCUAGACGGCAUCCUGAGUGAGGACAAGCUGACUAUUGGGGGAAUCACAGGUGCAUCGGUGAUUUUUGGGGAGGCUCUGUGGGAGCCCAGCCUGGUCUUCACAUUUGCCCACUUCGAUGGGGUAUUGGGCCUCGGUUUUCCCGUUCUGGCUGUGGGAGGAGUUCGGCCCCCGCUGGAUAGACUGGUGGACGAGGGGCUUCUGGAUAAGCCUGUCUUCUCCUUCUACCUCAACAGGGACCCUGAGGCAGCUGAUGGCGGAGAGCUGGUCCUGGGUGGCUCGGACCCAGCACACUACAUCCCACCCCUCACCUUUGUGUCAGUCACGAUCCCUGCCUACUGGCAGAUCCACAUGGAGCGUGUAGAGGUUGGCACGGGGCUGACUCUUUGUGCCCGGGGCUGUGCUGCCAUUCUGGACACAGGCACGUCUCUCAUCACGGGACCCACUGAGGAGAUCCGGGCCCUGCAGGCAGCCACUGGGGGAGUCCCCCUGCUAAUGGGGGAGUACCUCAUCCAGUGCUCGAAAAUCCCAACGCUCCCCCCAGUCUCCUUCCUCCUUGGCGGGGUCUGGUUUAACCUCACGGCCCAGGACUACGUCAUCCAGAUUGCUCGGGGUGGCGUCCGUCUCUGCUUGUCAGGCUUCCAGGCUCUGGACAUGCCUCCGCCCGCAGGGCCCCUCUGGAUCCUCGGCGAUGUCUUCUUGCGCAGCUACGUGGCCGUCUUCGACCGUGGCGACAGGAAAAGCGGGGCGCGAGUGGGGCUUGCGCGCGUUCGAGCUCGUGGAGCAGGACAGCGAAGGGCCUCUCGCUGCCCAGAGCUGCGGGGCUGGGUCACCCCUCCCCCCAUCGCCAGUCCCGGAUUCCCCCAUCCCCGCCCCGCCUCGACUUGGGGUGAGUACGGUGGAGGGGGAGAAGGCACAGGGUCCGGGGGCGGUAAGACAGCCCAAAUCCCAGUUUUGGAGGCGGGGGACUCGGGAGAGGAGGACUUAAAGGUUACAGCGGAGGGGCACAGCCUCCUGCCGCCGCAGCACCAGCCGCAGCCUCUGGCCCCGCCCCAGCCCCCGCGCCUGCGCUCUACCACCGGGGGGGGGGUCCAGUCCAGCCCAGCCCAGGGGGCGGGGCCUGACCGGCUCCAGGGCGGUUCUCUGGCCCCCAAGACUUCCGUUCUAGGUCCCACCGCUCCGUCCAUCCCGCCCAUUCAAGACGGUUUUUACCAUUCGUGGAUCCCACCCACCUCCCGCAGUCCCUCCGCAUCCUUCCUGACAUUCUCCCGGCCCAGCGCCGGCUAA